UCCCUCACCACAGUCUGCUGCGCGUCGCGGGUCUGAUUUUCCGGAAAUUUUUGGGAAAAAUAGGAUUUUCUGAAGCAUCUUAGUUAGACCAGAACUACAAGCAACACAGCGUUUUGCCGAACUUCAUGUAGUGUCGCCCCCGGUGCACCUCUCGUGGUUCCUGGUUCCCGUUCCGUCCCCGUCCGUCAUCGUCUCGUUUGUUUUCUUCCCCGAACCGGACGCCUGGAGGCAGCGGGGCCACGGGACUUGCGGACUCGUUGUGAAAUUUGCGGAACAGGCAGCCUAAUCCGUUUCCAAUGUUGCCCCGGGAGACCCACAGAAUGAACAGCGUGCUGCCGCCGUUCGUAACGGCGAUAGACAUCGAUGAAAUCGAACAGAUCGCGACCGUAGGCAAGGGCUCGUUCGGCACGGUCAUCAAAGCGAAAUGGAGGAACAAGUACGUGGCGGUCAAGUACAUUGAAGACAUUUCCGAACAGCACGCCUUCAUCACGGAAGUGAGCCACCUUUCGCGCGUCGCCCACCCAAACAUCAUUGAGCUGUACGGGGCCUGCACGGAGAUGCCGCACGUCUGUCUCGUGAUGGAGUACGCCGACGGUGGAUCGCUACACAAAGUUCUGCACAGCCGACCGCGGCCAGUCUACAAGGCCGCACAUGCCAUGAGCUGGGCACGACAGUGUGCGGAAGGAGUGGCCUAUCUGCACGAUAUGACGCCCCGCCCGAUGAUCCAUCGUGAUCUGAAGCCACCGAAUUUGCUGUUAGUCAACCACGGGACGGUUCUGAAGAUUUGCGACUUCGGUACGGUCACUGAUAAAGCCACGUUGAUGACGAACAACAAGGGCAGCGCUGCCUGGAUGGCACCGGAAGUGUUCGAAGGCUCGACCUACACGGAAAAGUGUGAUGUCUUCAGCUGGGGUAUCAUUCUGUGGGAGGUGAUAGCGCGGGAGCAACCAUUCAAACACAUCGAUACCUCGUUCGCGAUUAUGUGGCGCGUACAUCAAGGUAGCCGGCCACCGCUCAUCGAAAAUUGUCCCAAACCGAUCGAACAGCUCAUGGUACGCUGCUGGAGUCAAAAUCCGGCCCAUCGACCGUCGAUGAAGGAGGUCGUUAGUAUAAUGAACGGCCUCUGCAAGCUGUUUGUGGGCGAAAAUGAGCCAAUUGGCGAUGAGAUACUGUCCGAUGAUGAGGAGGAUUCCUACGGAAUGGACUAUCCCGCCGAUAGUAACCUGUCGGAGGGUACCAACUAUGGUACUGACUCCAACAGCAGCCGUGGAACGAUAACGAACAGGAACUCUACCAUCCAACGAAUAGCGGAAGCGCCCAAGGGUAGUCCACUGAGAAAUAUGUCCUCGGCAAUGUUACAACCCAUCUUCGUUGAAGUCAAUCCGUACGAUCAACCUGCAGAACUUGGAAGCUCACCAGUACGUGCAGCCAACAACCAGGGCACGGAAGGAUUAACGGUCACAAAAUGUACCAACGCACCCAUGGACACGGUCAGCAGUAUCAACAGUUCGAUCAGCUUCGUGAGCAACGCAGUCAGCACGGGCGGCGGCAGUGAUCCAGCGCUCGUGAAUGUUGCACAUAAGAAGCCCUUACCGAUCAACACCACGACCACGGGAACGGAAACCGAUGAGCCCGGAGGAGGAGGAGGAGGCGGUGCUGACCCUGGAGAUGAUGGUGGAGAGCGAAGAGGACAAACGGGUCUGGGGAACAGUAGGCAGAACGAGGCGGCCCUCGGUGAUACAUUAUACAGUAUUUUGGAUCCCAACCUACGACCACUAACGCCAGUGCCAAAUAACCCAUUAUCGGAGCAGAUACACAACGAACACAAGCUCUUGGUACAGAAAUAUUUCGAGUUUGAAACACAAAUCGUUACCAGCAUGGCCCAGCGGGAGAUGCUACAGAGUAACAUGCUACCGGAAGAGCUGGAGAUGAAGAAGGCCUACAUAAAGCGUCUCGAGGAGAGGGAGGCUCUGCUAAAGUUCAAAGCAAACUUGCAGAAGCAACUGAACGAGAAAAACCGACAGCAGACGCGGCAUCCACAGCACGUACCGCCACCGUUGCAUCGGCAGGAAUCCGAUUCGGAAUGGGUGAUUGUCCAACCAAACGAUUCCAGACCAAGGACAGAACAAAGCCAUAACUAAUUUAGUUUUAGUUUUAAGAGCGAUUAGAAAUAAAUUCCAAUGUAAGAGACCUUGAA